CAUAGGGUAUACUUUGAUGGCCAGGAAAAAGGUGAACUUGGCAUGGAUCUCGAACGACUCGACGCGGCGGGCGACGUUCAAGAAGCGGCGCAAGGGGCUGAUGAAGAAGGCUAGCGAACUGGCGACGCUGUGCGACGUGCGGGCGUGCGUGGUGGUGUAUGCGCCCGGGGAGGCGCAGGCGGAGGUGUGGCCGUCGCCCGCGGAGGCUGCGCGCGUGCUGGCGCGCUUCAAGAGCAUGCCCGAGAUGGAGCAGUGCAAGAAGAUGAUGAAUCAGGAGGGCUUCCUGCGCCAGCGCGUCGCCAAGGCCCAGGAGCAGCUCCGCAAGCAGGAGCGCGAGAACCGCGAGCUCGAGACCACCCUCCUCAUGUACGAUGGCCUUAACUCCGUUGCCGAAGGCGCAGGCGCAGGCGCGGUUGGCCGGCUGCGUGACCUGGGCAUCGAGGACGCCACCAGCCUCGCCUGGAUGGUUGAGAUGAAGGCCAAGGCCGUGCAGGAGCGCAUCGAUAUCCUAAAAGCCCAGAUGCAUCACGCCCCUUCUGCCGCUGCCGGGGCCGCUACCUCCUCCUCCUCGCACGCUGCCGCGGCAAUCCAACAGCACCAAGGACCGACCGACGCGCUGGUCACGAAGGAUAAGACGCCGCUCGAGGCCGCCAUGGAGGCACUGCAGCGGCAGAACUGGUUCAUGGAGGUGAUGAACCCUAGUAUCGACAAUAACGUUCUCUUCGGCGGCGUCAGUGGGCCGGCAGAAGAGAUGAUGUUGAUGCAGCCCUACAUUGAGACCACAAUGCCGUGGCUCGAUCCCUACUUUCCUCUUAACUGA